CAGCAGCAGCAGCAGCUGGCAAGAGAGGAGGAGGAGGCAGUGGCAGCAAGGGGGGAAUCUUGGUGGAGGGGGCAGAGGGAAGCUGGCAACCCCACGGGCCACCACUUUGGGCGGGGGCUGGCCAGGUUGCGGCAGGUACUUCUCAGCCGGCAGGAUGGUGAAUCUGGACCCGGGGCACGCAGAUAUCAAGAUGAGUGGCGAUGUGGCAGAUUCCACAGAUUCGCAGCAUGAAGGCAGUCACAUAGAACCUGGAAAUGAACGGAAUGGACUGGAUUUCAGCAGACAGAUUAAGACGGAAGACCUCGGGGACUCUUUGCAAACCGCCAUUCCCUCCAGAUCGAGCCACCUGGUACAAGGGCCCUCGAUGAUGCCUGGAGGGCAAAUUGCUGGGGAUAUGAGUUCUCUUCACACGUUGCAACAGCUCGUGCAGGUUCCAGGCCACAUGCAAUCUGUCCCCCUUUUCCUGCUUUCUCAGGGCCCAGCAGGACAACAAGCUCUGCAACCAAAUCUCCUCUCCUUUCCUCAGCAGCAGAGUGGGAUCCUCCUUCCCCAGCAUGGGCACAGCUUGACGUCUCAGGCGGUGGGACGCCCUGGGCACCCCGGGUCGUCGUUGGAGCCCCACCUGGAAGUCCCUCAGCACUUACAAGUGAGCAAACACUUGCCAUCCUCAGUGGCAACGGAUGAAGCCAAUGAUCUAGAGGAGCUCGAAAAAUUUGCCAAGACUUUCAAACAGAGGCGGAUCAAACUUGGGUUCACUCAGGGCGAUGUGGGGCUGGCCAUGGGGAAGCUCUACGGGAAUGACUUCAGCCAAACCACCAUUUCCCGCUUUGAGGCCCUCAAUCUGAGCUUCAAGAAUAUGUGCAAGCUGAAACCACUGCUGGAGAAGUGGCUGAGCGAUGCAGAAGCUUCCCCGUUGGAUUCUUCCGUGAGCACACCCAGUUCCUACCCAUCUGUGAGCGAGAUGUUUGGUCGCAAGAGAAAGAAACGCACCAGCAUCGAGACCAACAUUCGCUCCACGCUGGAGAAACGUUUCCAAGACAACCCCAAGCCCAGCUCAGAGGAGAUCUCCAUGAUUGCAGAACAGUUGUCCAUGGAGAAGGAAGUGGUCCGGGUUUGGUUCUGCAACCGGCGCCAGAAAGAGAAGCGCAUCAGCUGCCCGAUGCCCUCCCCUAUCAAAUCACCCCUCUACAACUCCAGACUGGUUUCUACCUCAGGAUCCUUGGGUCCCCUCUCUGUCACUCCUGUUCACAGCACCAUGCAUGGAGCAGUGACAUCAUCAUGCUCUCCGGGAAACUCCAGCCGGCCCUCGUCUCCUGGCACAGGACUCCACUCCAGCAGCCCCGGCAUGUCCCAGAGCAACUCCAAAGCCGCCAUCAACUCCUCCAGCUUCAACUCUUCUGGAUCCUGGUACCGAUGGAACCAGCCCACCUACCUCCACUGAAGCCCCAUUCCCAAAGAGCAGCCAACUCCACCUUCUUCUUCUCUGCAGAAAAAAAAAGAAAUGGAGCCUGAACUUUUGUGCUAUGGACCCACUUCUUAGGGAACAGUGGCUCAGUCAAACGCACGGCCCACAUGCCACAACAGGUCUCCCUUCAACCUCACUUGAUGGCAGCAACUUUGCAAGCAGAACUGUCAUAGAGACUAAAUCGGUGUCACGUGCCAAUAGUGCGUGUGCAUGGCAUAAGCCCUUCACAUCAUGUCGUCCUCAGGCGCUUCUGCAUCCGGUUGCCUGAACCUUUUGCUCUGUAGCUGAUGCCUGGCGAUCUUCGACGGGGAAGUGGUUCUGUCUUCUCUCUCUAGUUUGUAAAUGCUUUUUGUCGGGAGGCAACUGUGAAGACAUAUCCAUUCUCCCAUCCAAACCUAAAGAUGCAUCCGCGGAGGUUCCCCCUAAGCUAAGCCAAGGCUGCCAAAUUAGAUUUCCUGAAGGUUUCAAUCAGGAUUGGCAUUUUCAAUGUCCUGCAGGUGGUGCUCUGGAGCAAGGUAGCUGUGCUUGGAUUGCCUGUGAGCGAUGCAUUCGAGGGCAACUACUCAAAAUUGUGGGAACAUUUAGGUGAUCUGGGUGCAUGCAGGUUUUGAUCCCCAGACUCUUUGUGUUGGGGACCUGGGGACCCCAUAGCUUCUGGGGAGCAAGAUAGACAUGGAAUUGACAUGCAUCUAAUUGUUCAAGAAUGAGGCUGCCUGGGCCGACCCUAUCGUUGGGCAUAGUGAGGUUGUACACAUUGUACCCCCUAAGCCAGGCAUCCCCAAAUUUCGGCCCUCCAGAUGUUUUGGACUACAAUUCCCAUCAUCCCUUACCACUGGUCCUGUUAGCUAGUUAUCAUGGGAGUUGUAAGCCAAAACAUCUGGAGAGCCGCAGUUUGGGGAUGCCUGCCCUAAGCUAACCACCUACCCUCAGCUGCAAUGGAGGGUGAUUGCUCCUUCAUUGACAUUGAAGCAAAACACAGCUACCAAUCUGGUUGGCUUCUGUGAAUGACAUGGGGAGGGUACCACCCGGGCCUGCAUCUCAGGUAGCAAAAUAUCUUGGGCCAACCUUGGAUGGUAUAUUCACCAAAUGGGCACUUUGUCACCCAACUUGCCUAUCUAUAGACACUGGCUUCUCCAAUAUUUGGGAGGUUGUGCUUUAGAAUUGUCAAUGCCUGUGAUAGAUGUGUUAUUUUUUUUAAAAAAAAAUAUUUUUAAAUAGUCUCUCAUGAGGAUCUCUGAUUAAACAAGUCAGGCAUUUUUUUUCCACACAUGGUGGUUCAAGCUAUACCAGAUUGGCCUAGGUGUCUACUGGACAAAUGCCUUGAUGAGUUAAUACAUUUCAUCUUCACAAACUUAAAAAUCUCAAGCAGUUUUGAAACCAUUUUACAAGUUCUUUUUAAAAAUAAAAUAAGCACACAUAUCUAGUCAUGUAGACACCUCCCUUUUUUGCCAUUCAGGUGAAACAUUUUGGUGGGGAGGAUUGACUGGACAAAACCGCUUGGGAGCCAGUCUUAAGUCAAUUCUACCACUCCCUUGAUCUGAAUGUGACUAGGAGGGGCAGCAGUAACUAGAAAACACGGAAAUAGGUUGAAUAGCCUCUAACCCCUGGAGUCUGGCUACACACACUCACAUGCUAAUUUGUUGGGAUGGGGAAGAAAUUUGAUUCAGUUUGCAUCCAAAGGCAAACCUACCUAACUGAACUUUCCAAAAUGAUGCACAAACUGAAGAACAGCCAUCCUUCGAAAUUCUCAGUUUCCAAAUUUUCCAGUGCAGUUCUCCAGCCAAGCAAUGUGUAGAGACUAGGGCAAAGCGUGCAUAAAAAUGCAUAUAGUCAUGAAGAUAACCUACAAAAAUGCAUUUUAUUAGGAGAGAUUCCUUUGCCAAAAUGUGCCGAUUAGGAGAAUUUUGCAGUAAAAAAGCUGGUGAAUUUUCACAAUGACUUUUUAAAAGGGGGGGAAAGGGGGGGAACCACAAACCAAUGUCAACAUGGGGAGAACUUAACCUUGGGUUGGAAAAACAAGAAACUGACAGAACGUGAAACUGACAGACCUGCUCAUUCUUCACUAGCCAUGCAAAUCGGAUCUCCAUUCCCCUGUUUUGUUCAGUUUGUACAAUUCCCAAGCUACCAGGACUGGGCGAGAGCUGCCGCUGGUAGCAAUGAAAAGGAUGAGUCGUUUCUUUUACCCGCCCCUGCCCCCGAUAAAUAAUUGUGUGGCAGAUGGGAGGGAGGAGGUCAGCAAAAGUCUGUUCCUGGGAAAAGAGACUGCCUAGGGUCCCAUACUCAGAGCCUGAUGGCUGGAAAAGCAGCUGGGUGGAGGCACCUCCCCCAGCUGCUUUCCAUUAAAUGUGCACACAGAAACUGUGAUGCACAUCUGCUAUGUAAUGACCAGCUUGGAAAAAGCCUCUGAAACCAGUUGACCUCUUGAUCUGGAAGAUUCCUCUUCUAGAGCAAGUUCUGUUUAUUCACAACAUAUUUGCUGCUUAGACCAGCGGCCGGGAACCUCGGGGCUGGGGGGGGGAGGAGGGGGUUAUCCAGGCCUAUCUGGCGCUCAGGAUUCUCUCCCCCUACCACCCCCCCCCCAGGUCACGUGCCUUCCCACCCCUCGCCAAGCCUGCUUUGCACACUCCUUAAAUGUUUUCACCUGACCGGAAUGUGUCCUUGGAGUCUCCCAAUGCCUUUUGCUUUCCUGGAGAGGCAGGGGAGUGUGUGAUCGUGUGCAGAAACCAGCCUGCUUGUAAAAAGGUAAAAACUGUGUUUGUUUCUCCAACUCACUUUUGCCUCUUGCCCCGCCCACUUCUGGCAAGUGGUCCCCGCCCAGCGGGAAAUGUGGCCCUCAGGCUGAAUAAGCUGCCCAACCCCUGCCUUGCACCGUAGAUCUUUUUUUGCUAUCACAUUGAUGGCAAGGAAUGAAUAUAAAACUAUUACCACUUUGAUGGCUCCAAGCACAUUAGAACUGUACUUCUCUGUUCUUUUAUGUUUUGGGUUUAGUUUGUUUUUUAAUUAUUGUUAUUAAUAGUCUGUCCAUUGGGUUUUUAUAUUAGCUCCCAGGCAAAAGAAACUUUGUCUAUCACCGUGAUUGCAAUCGUGAUGUUUGUUUAAGGGGGGGGGAGAUAUUUUCUGUACUGUAAAUAGUUUCUUUUCCUCCACCCUACAUCUUCUGUGUCUUCCACUUUUCUCUCUUUGGGAGAACAGUUUGUAUAACUCAGGUGUGAAUUUUGAAGAUUUUGUGUCUCUUUUUAUGUGUGUGUGUUUGUGCAUUGUUUUGAUUUCAUUAAAAUUCCUUUUAAAUGCUGGGAACCUCCUUAUCAGAUCAAUGCAGAAAGUUGCAUUUCUUUGUAGAACGAGGCUGUUUAUAUGUUAUCUAGUUAAAGCCCAUGACUUCCCCCAAAGAAUCCUGGGAGCUGUAGUGCCCAGAAUGGUAGCCCUGUGAGGAAUAAACUUCAGUUCCCAAGAUUCUUUGCGGGAAGCCAUGAUUGCUAAAGUGAUAUAAAUAGGCUUUACAGGCAACCUUGUUUCAAUGUCACCUCAAUGACUUUUAUUUAGGGAAGAAGGUGGCUUCCAAACUGGUCCUCGGUAGGUGGGCGGGCAAGACUGAAUAAAUCAGUGGUCUUAUUACAGGCUGACCAUUUCUCCCUCCAACCCGUACGUCAAGCGAACAGAGAACAUGUGUCGGCAUAACUUGCCCAGACUCUCUCGCUCUUCUUGGAGGACUACAGUGGAACCUCGGUUUAUGAACACCUCGGUUUACGAAUUUUCGGUUUACGAACACCGCAGACCCAUCUGGAACGGAUUAAUUCACUUUCCAUUACUUUCAAUGGGAAAGUUUGCUUCAGUUUAUGAACGCUUCAGUUUAUGAACAGAUUUCCGGAACCAAUUACACCCAUGCUUCGGGUUAAGUACGCUUCAGGUUGAGUACUCCGCGGUUACUUUCAAUGGGAAAGUUCGCUUCAGUUUAUGAACGUUUCAGUUUAUGAACAGACUUCUGGAACCAAUUGUGUUCAUAAACCGAGGUACCACUGUAGCUGUUGCAGAUCAAGAUUCUGCAGCUGUCUUCCAGCACAGUUCCUGGAAUUGGCAUUUGCCAACCAGAGGCGAAAGAUUACACUGAAGGAAAUGCUUCCCAUAGGCUGAAAAAGUAUCGCCACCCCUGCUCUGGAAGGCAACCAGUACUUUAAACUCCACUACCCAGUCUUGGGUGAUGACAUGCAAUGUAACCAUCAAUCUUGUGACAAAGAGUGUCCUGGCUGGUGAUCGUCAUGCAACCUGCUGCUUUCCUAGAAAUAUGCCGAAUGGUUUUGCUACGCUGUCAUUCUCAUAUGUAGGUUUCACGGAGGCGAAAAGUGAUCCCUUCUCAGGUGAUUGCAUCUGGCUGUACGCAUUCCAGGGAGAAUUAAUCCCACGUCAAUCCAUAAUUAUGGGACAUACAUGAACAGUUAAACACAUGUUGAUUUCCAUUGGGAUUUGCAGUUGCCUAAAUGUGUCAAAUGUGAAUAACCUGAACUGUGUAUCAAUACAAGAAUAUUGAGCGCAA